GGCCGCCCGACACCGGAGGGAGGCGGCGCCCCGGACCCGCCCCGGCCCGCGUUCUCCUCGGGAGCCGGACCCCAUGGGGCGGGACCCCGCGCGAGCCUGAGCGCAGCCUGGCGCCCGCCCCGCACCCCUGCGCUCGCUGUCCCGGGCGCCCCGGCAGCUCCCCCCGUGGGCGCGCCCGCCGCCCGGCCUCCGCGCAGCCAUGAGUGAAACGGUCAUCUGCUCCAGCCGGGCCACCGUAAUGCUUUACGAUGACAGCAAUAAGCGCUGGCUCCCCUCGGGCACCGGUCCUCAGGCCUUCAGCCGCGUCCAGAUCUACCACAACCCCACCGCCAACGCCUUCCGAGUCGUCGGCCGCAAGAUGCAGCCGGACCAGCAGGUGGUUAUCAACUGCGCCAUCACUCGGGGUGUCAAGUACAAUCAGGCCACUCCCAUCUUCCAUCAGUGGCGUGACGCCCGCCAGGUCUGGGGCCUCAACUUCGGCAGCAAGGAGGAGGCCUUGCAGUUUGCAGCCGGCAUGGCCAGUGCCCUAGAGGCCUUGGAAGGAGGCGGGCCUCCCGCGGCCCCAGCACCCCCUGCCUGGUCCACCGCACAGAACGGCCCCUCCCCAGAGGAGCUGGAACAGCAGAAAAGGCCGCCUGAGCACAUGGAGCGCCGGGUCUCCAAUGCAGGAGGUCCACCUGCUCCCCUAGCUGGGGGCCCCCCUCCGCCUCCAGGACCUCCCCCUCCUCCGGGCCCCCCUCCGCCUCCAGGUCUGCCCCCUUCAGGGGCACCUGCUGCAGGUCAUGGAGCAGGGGGAGCACCGCCCCCCGCACCCCCACUGCCUACAGCACAGGGCCCAAGCGGUGGGGGUUCCGGGGCCCCAGGCCUGGCUGCUGCCAUUGCUGGAGCCAAACUCAGGAAAGUCAGCAAGCAGGAGGAGGCCUCUGGGGGGCCCUUGGCCCCCAAAGCUGAGGGCAGUCGCAGCACUGGCGGGGGGCUCAUGGAAGAGAUGAACGCCAUGCUGGCCCGCAGAAGGAAAGCCACACAGGUUGGGGAGAAGCCCCCCAGAGACGAGUCGGCCAGUCAGGAGGAGCCAGAGGCCCGAGUCCCCGCCCAGAGUGAACCUGUGCGGAGACCCUGGGAGAGGAACAGCACAACCUUGCCAAGGAUGAAGUCCUCCUCUUCGGUGGCGAUGUCCGAGGCCCACCCCUCUCCUCCCAGUUCCAGUGAUGACUCUGACUUGGAGAGGGUGAAGCAGGAGCUUCUGGAAGAGGUGCGGAAGGAGCUGCACAAGAUGAAGGAGGAAAUAAUUGAAGCCUUUGUCCAGGAGCUGAGGAGGCGGGGCUCUCCUUGACCAAGGGACCCACAAGACCCGUUUCUCCUCUGUGCUUCCCGCCUGGCGCCCGCUUUCCCUGCCUCAACUUGACCAAGAGUGCACCAGAAGGCACACUCCCCGACGGCUCGCUGGAUUGCUCGAAGAUUCCAGAGGGUGUGGCUUCCUGGUGCCAUGACCACACUCCGCUGGCUGCUGAUUGGCUGAGGUCCCACCCCUUUGUUCCUUGGCCCUUCCCCUCUGCCGUCCCCUCGGGGCUGGUUCCUCUGCUGGGGAUGCACCCAGUUCCCACAGUAAGGAAGGAGGGAGGGAGCCGAACCUUCCCGAGUUCUGGAUUCACUUUAACGCUUUAAUACCUUGGAUUUUUUUGUUUUUAAAGAAAAAGUAUAUAUAUAUAUAUUUGGGUUUGGGGGAGGGAAAUUUUUUCUCUUUGGUUUUGAUACAAUGGCGUGUGAGAGUUUUUAAAAGCUAUAACCCCAGGCUCGUCCCGUUGGAGGCAGCUGUAUAAGGGGGAGGUGUCCCAGCAGGUGGAAGGGCUCUCUACCACCCAGGAACACCUCCCCCUUCUCCUUGGCUCCUCCCUCUUUUCUAUGAGAAAUUAAGAUUCUCUAACUUUUUUGGAACCUCAGUUUUGUGGUUUUUUUAUUCGGGUUAGGAUUUCAGGGUCCAGACCAUUUUUGCCCUCUGGGAAGAUGAAGUGAGGGGAAGGAGAAGAGGAAAAAUAGGUCCUCCGACUUCCACGCCUUAGCUUCUCGGACACGGGCCUUCGCUGAAUAAAUCUUCGGUUUUUAUAAA